AUGACAAACUCUGAACAGACUGGCAUGGGGAUGGGUAUGGAUGCUCUCUCUGCAGCCAUGAACGAGCACCUGAAUAUUGGCGGAGAGCUGGCAGCGUGGAACUUGAGGGCGGCUGCAGCUUGCAACUUAAUAAUGUCGUUUUUGUGGGAUGGGAACGAGUGGGUGCUUGCUCCUGUUCUCUCGGAGUCUCAAACAAUUGGAUCUCGCCGUAGGGGUGCAGCAGCGGCAGGAGGCGUGGUUCUAGGAGAGGUUGGAAAGCUGGAUGCAAAGAGGGCAUAUGGAGAGGAGAUCAUGGCAGAUGUCAUUUCUGUGUUUCUGCACGCCUUCCACCCAGUGAAAGUGGGAGACACUGACUGGCUGGACGAUGCAGCAAUACUGAUGUUCCAGAAUUCCUCGACUGAGCUUCAGCGCUAUGUCGUGCGUGUCCUGCGCUUCCUUCUGGGGUCACAUGCCAACGCGCUUAGCCACUUCCACACCGCCAACGUCGCGCCUGCUCUCUUCUCCCGCCCUUUCUUCUUCUUCGACUCCGUUCUUCUCUCGGAAAAAAACACAGCUUGCACAACAAGUGGGGCUGCUGCUGCAGGAGAUAGUAAAGCAAGUGGCGCAAAUGUGGGGGGAGCAGCAGGUGAAGGCGCUGGAACGCCUCCUCUCUCCAUCCCCAUUCCAUCUCCAGGACCCAUUCUCCGCAAUUCCUCUGGUCUCAGAAAUGAGUUCGGCUCUCCCAGCAUUACAACCCCACACAACCCAGCUGCAUGGCUGAACCCUCCCAAGCUGUCCACUGCUUCACCUCAAGUCCAUGCAUGGACCCCUUCCUCCAUUGCUGCUGCACGAGGCAGUCCUGCUCUUUCCACCCCAAAACUCCAGGGUUUAGGCAGUCAGGAGGAAAGUACAGGUUGGCGAGAUUGGCAGAACGCGCAGUCAUCAAGGGCACAAGCUGGGGGGGUGACACUGGUGAAGAGCACGGGGUCGGGGGAAAGCCACUUGGUCACGCUGCAACCUUCAGGCGCUGGCAAAAGAGAAUCCAAAGAUUUGGAUGCAGACGAGGAGUAUGUUGCUCUUUCCAUUGAUCGCAACGCUGAGGAUCUCAGGAGCAGCAUUGUCGCACUCGUUGAGCUCUCUGCCUCCCUGGACUGGCAAGAGGACCUCCAGCAAGAAUUCCAUGCUGUCCUUCAUGCCCUGCGCAGCUGCUACCGAGUACCAUCCGAAUCCCAGCUGCUGGCUCAUGCCCUGCAGCGCAUGCUCCAGGGUGGAGACCGAAUCGUGCCCUGCCUUCUCUCCACCGAAUGCGGCGACCACAUCGGGGAGGUCAUUGAACGGCAGCAGGCUGUUUACCUCCGCAUGGAUGCUCAAGGCUUCGUUCUUGAUUCCAUGCAUGCAGCUUCGAAAGUGGCUGACGGUGUCGCUGAUGCUGCUGACACUGCUGGUGGUGUAACUGCAGUAGGUAGAACUGAGUCAGUGACCCCUCAGUCAGCUCGUCUGGUUCUUGACGUGGAAACGCUCAGGGAAGAGUGGCAGCAGGCGAGGGAGGUGGUGCUGAAGCUGCUGGAGUCGUACCUGGAGUGCUCGCCCUCUCUGCUGGCUCAGGCUGCCACCAGCCCACAGACGUUUAUGCCCUUGCUAUGGCUACUGCGGGAGAAAAGUUUGCGAACCUUGGCUCUUCAGCUCCUUUCCUCGCUCAUGAAUGCCCCGGUGUCUGACCCAUCGGUCAAGUCAACUCUGUUCAAGCGGUACUUUGAGGCCAUGACUGUGGCACGCAGUGGCAAGAAACUAGGGGGCGCGGGUGGAGGAGGAGGAGACGGGCGUGGUGUGGGGAGAGGUGGAGCUGCGGCUGGUGGCACAGGGCUCAGUGCGGCAGACGCAGCGGAACAGCUACAGGCGAUGCUGGCAGUGGUGCAGGAGGUGGUGAAGGAGGAUGAGAGCUCAGUGAACCAGAACCUCUGUGUGAACGUGGACGCCUUUCCUCGCCUCAUUGGUCUGUUACGGGUGCAGUACGAGGAGGAAGCUGGCCGCUCUCUUGCCAUAAUGAUCCUGCGCACUCUCACCCUCCUGUCCGUGUGCAAUGAAGCUGCCAAGGCUGUGCUGGUCAAGCAUGCUGGCCCAGGCUUUCGUUCCUUUGCGCUGUACCUGCCCUCUCAUUUCGAUGGAGCCUGCCCGCCAGUGCUGCUGAGUGCGGUCAUGGAUAUGGCCAUGGACUGCCUAGCUGGGGACCAACCCCAGGGCAGCAUCCACUCUCCCAAUGCCGUCAUCCUCUGGCUCCACUUGCUGCACAAGGCCGACCCUCAACAGAUAGUGUCUGGUCUCCAGUCAUUGCACAACCUGCUUGACCGCUCUGCUGGCAACUGUGCUGCCUGCUCCCGUGCUGGCCUCAUGUUUGACCUCCUGGAGUGGCUGGGAGAGCUGGAAGGGGAGCAUCUGGACGGCACUGAACCCAAGGAAGGCGUCCAAAUCUGGGGAAAGGGAAGGGAGAGUUAUAGGAAGCGCGUGGAUGAGACAGGGGAGCGUGGGUUGGAGAAAACGGAUAUGGUUAGAACUGAAGGUGAUAACAAUGAGGGGGAAAGCAGAGGGCAGAAGGUGAAGUUGACCCGAGAGAAUGUGGAGGCGAUACUUGCGCUGCUGUCGAAGCUGAUAGCAAAGCUGGGGCAGCACAGCAUCAACGGUAAGGAGAUUGCUGCGAUAUUCAAGCUGAUGAGGAGCACCGCCGAUGGAUGCCGACCCAAGAGGGUGUCGUUGCUGCUUCGCACACUCGUGGGCGUGCUAAGGCAUGAUGGCCCGGCUUCUUACUUCGAGAUGGACGGGUCUGAAUCGGGUCUUGAGAUCCCCACUGACUUCCGCUUCCCCUGCACUAAGGGCUACACCUUUUGCUGCUGGGUACGCUGUGAAUACUUUCCAAGCUACGAUGCAGCCAGCAUCGCCAGCAGUGGCGGUGACAACAACAUCAGCACGGCGCGGGGCAGCAGCCUCAGAAAGAAGGGGCCGGAAAUUAGCUCAGAACCCAAGGAGCCAAGCAUGAGAUCGAUCACACGCAGGGGACAUUGGCUGGGCGAGUCCUUGAGUGUUAGUGUCCGAGACGACAGCCCCAUGACACUCUUCAGCUUCUACACGGACCAAGGCAACGGCUGCAGUGGCUUCCUCACCAAGGAUUCCCUCCUUAUCCAUGUGGCUGGAUCACGGGACGUGAUAGUGGAGGUGCCUCACAGCAUGGCCCUGCGCCACUGGCAUCACAUCGCCAUCUCCCACUCCACCGCAACCUUCUCCUCCGCUAGCAUGAUCCGAGUCUACAUAGACGGCGUUCUGGUAGGCAAGGCCAAGUGCAGCUAUCCGCGCCUGCAGGACCCUCUGAUUCGCGCUACCAUAGGAGCUUCUGCUCCUCUGCCCCAGUCGGAUUCUCGCUCCUCUAGAUUGUUCCAGACCUCGCAUCCUUUUCAGGGUCAGAUUGGCCCCAUCUACCUUUUCAGCGAACGUCUCUCUUCUCCUCAGCUCUCUUGCAUCCACAAGCUAGGCCCUGGCUACAAUCACACGUUCCAGCCCACGGAUGUAGCCCUCCUGCGUACCCAGGUAGACAAUGCAAUUCUCGCUCUUUUCGACGGACCCGACUCGCUCAGCUCCCGUAUCGCUCUAAGCUAUAACGCACAAGCAUAUGCCGCCGGUCUGGUUCUUGACACCUCCCCUGCCUGGCUGCUGUCCCAGCAGCAGGCUGCUAACAGCGCUGCCGCCGCAGCUGCUUUGGCCCGUGCGAGUGUCUCCCCUGUGCGUGUGUUUGACGCGGCAAUGCUUCCAGGAGUGCAGCGGUGCCAUCGGCAGCGGCUGCAGCAGGUGUUGAGCACAGUGGGCGGCGUUUCGGCCCUCUUGCCUCUCUUCACGCAGUUAGAUCUGCCAGUUGUGGGAAGCGAUAGCAGCAUGGGGGAGGGAAGGGUGGUCGAAGGGGAUGGGCAGUUGGCAGUGGAUAUUAUCAACCUGCUUACAGAAAUCCUGGCUGGGAGCACGGGCAGUCAGCAGGCGAUGCUGUCUAUUGGAGGUUUUUCUGUUAUCAACUUCUUGUUGCAGCAUGUCUCACCCACACACCUGACAGCUAGUCUCGUGCUCACGCUGGAGAACAUGGUGGACUCAUUCGCCGAAGAAAAUGAACAAAGCCUUCGCGAGCGCAUGGUUCGUGGUGUCAUCCUCUCUCUAUACAUGGACGCCUCUCUCUGGAUCUAUGCGCCAUACAUCGUGCAGCGGGAGCUCUUUGUAUCCCUCCAGCGCCACAUGGAGCGGCAACCCUGGCUCGUGCCCUCCGUCUGCUCCCUUCCCCGCCUCCUAGAUAUAGUUCGUCGGGUUUACUGGGACAAGCCACAGGGCCGACACGCCAUUGGGGUGAAGCCCCUAGUAGAGCCUGUCACCCGGCGUGUGCUCGGCACACGCCCGCUUCCUCAGCAAGUGGCCAAGCUGCGGCUGCUGGUUCUAAGUCUGCUGCAGCACGUUCUGAAAGGCGGGUUCACAGAGGCAGAUAUGAAGGCGCUGGUGGUGUACAUGGAGGCGAGCAAGGACGCUGGGGCAGUGAAGGAUGUGCUGCAAACAAUCUUCGGGCUGAUUGCACAGCCCAACCUUGCCAAGUCGUUUCUGGAGCACAUAUCAGCACUAGCUGGACCGCAAAUUUUUGUUGGACUGCUUGCUAGGCCGCAGGAAGAGAUUCGCCUCCUCGCCCUGUGUCUCAUACUCACUCUGAUGAACGAAACCAAGAAGCAGGCCCCAGCAGCCAAAGCUGGCACCAAGGGGGCAUCCGGCAGAGGAGGCUCAAGCCGAACUCGAGGCUCAGCGCGGGCAGGAGGGUUAGGGAGGAAUUGGCUUGGGAUGCAGGAGGAGGAGGAGGAGGGGGAUGAGGACGAUCUUUGGGAGGCGGAGCAGGAUGAGAAGAUGCUUCUCGACCUUGCGUGCCAGCAUCUGAUGCCUUACGGUCUCUCUCCUGGGCUUGAGUCUCUGCUCUUUGAUCUUCUGCUUGGUGGAGCGCCCACCGAUCACCGGUCGGUUCGCACACACACACAUGAGGCCAUGGUUCACAAAAAGCUUCCACUCAAAACCUCUCAUGCCGUUCCUCCUCGCAUGCCUAUGCCAUCAGCAGGACAUUCGGCACAUACUACUGCAGCAGCACCGGCAGCAGGAGCAGCAGCAGAAGCAGCAGAGGGAGCAACACCAGCCUUUGGCAUGCCCCGCAGUGCCUCUGCCCCGCAUCCCCCUGAGCCUGAGCCACAAGGAGCAGAUAAAAGCAGAGCUGCGCAAGGAAGAUCUCAUGGAAAAGAUGGAGACCAAUCAGCAGUCAGAGCAAUAGAGUCAGAUCCAUUGCCUGCAUCUCCAGGCGUAUCCACCUCUUUUAGUAACUUCACGUCUGGAGGCAAGCCGUCCCCCUGGGGCCUCCUUCCUCGCAAGGGCGGAGGUGAUGUAGGUAGCUCGCGCAAGUCAAUAGUGAAACCUGAGAUGCUAAGGCUGCUGCUGCCUCUUAUGGUUGGACAGCUGAGGCUGGCGGCCAGCUCGUCUGGAGGAGGUAGCAGAGGGGGUGUAGGCAGAAGCGGCUCAGGCAGCAGGCCGGGAAGUAGCAGCAGUGGUGCUGGGGAGGGUGGUCUGUCAGGGCGAGGAGUGAAGGUGGUGGCGGAUAUGCUGAAAAAGCUGGGUGAUUUAAUCUCCAACAGCAAAGCCAAUAGACUUAAGCUGCUGGAGCAACGGGGCUGGCAGCAGUGGUUGCUGGAUAUUGUGGUCACUGGUUUGGACCUAACAGCCCCAAGGAACUCCAAGUCAAAUGCUGAGGAUGCAGCCCAAGGCAGAGACACGGCAGAACAGCACACUCAGGGAAGGCUCUCAGUUCCAGGAGCACCAGGGGGAGGGAAGGAAGCAGUGAAGGGUGAGGAAGGGCAGCCACCACGGCCUCUUCAGCCAGGGGGGGGGUUGGAACUGGUGUGGGUGCAUGUGCGGCGCAUUUUCCUGGCGGCGCACUCGUUUGCAGUGCAGAAGGUGCAGGGCGGGUGGAGGCAUGUGGCGGAAACUGUCAACGCGUUGCGCAUCUAUGGUGAACGGGGCAAGCUGCCAUAUGCGGGUCUGCUGCGUGUGCUGCUGGGCGAGUUGCUGGGCGUGGUGCCUCUGCUGUGCUCCACGCGGGACCAUCUGCUGGAGCAGCCUGUGCACGCCAACCUGCUCUACCUCUUCGUCCUCGUGCAAGAGCUCGUCAUCCGUGACUCCUGCUACAUCUUCCCUCCUCGGCACCUGCCAGCGGAGGACUCAGGGAAGGCUGUAGAUCCUUCCAGGCGGAGUGCCACUGGUGAUGCUCUUGACAGGGAAAGUGAUGGCAAUAGUGCUGCUGGCGAUGGUGGCAUUGAGGAUGGCCACAGGCAGAACGGGGAAGGGGGUCGAGAAGAGGAUGCGGAAGCAAGAGGAACAGGCGAAGGCAGGCAGGGGACAUGGAACAGAAUGGAUCGGAGUGCGCUUUCUUCUAUCUUCCAGCACAUGCUUCCUGAUGACGAUGUGGGCCCUGCUGCCGCCAGUGCAGAGCUCUCAUGCAGCAUCUUGGGCUCCAAGGUGGUUGAAAGCAAGUGGCGGGUGUAUGAGCACUUUUGGACGGUCAUUACCAUCAUGCACAACAAGGCCGAGGCAGCAGAGGCCCUUGCUGCAGGCAUGCUCCAAUCUGACUAUGAUGACCCCGACACACCUCACCUGCCUGUCCACCCAGCGUUCCUCCCGCCUCCCCAGCCGCCAUCGCCUCCCCACCGCUCCUUCCUCCAGCCCAAACCCGAUUCCUCAGCUGCAUCUGCCGCCGCGCCGCAUGGGCAGCAGGGGAGUGGGAGACAUGGGAGCGACAAGGGGAGCGGGAGACAAGGGCUGUUGCGAAGCCUAACAGUCACAACAGAGACUGUAGAGAGUGAGAGGUCAGGCGAGGUGGCAUUGGAGGAGGUGGGGGAGCAGAUGCUGGACUUGGCUCGGCAGGGGUGUCCGUGGUUUGUGCUGCGCCUGGUGCUGAUCUACAUGUUCGAAGCUGAGCUGCCUGCGCUUCAUCGCUGCCUGAACCACUUCGUGGUGCUCCUGCCUGUUGUCUUCCCUAAUGAUGAUGACAACCGCCUGCACAACCAGGCGCACCUUUUCCUCUGGGCACUUCUUGAAGCCAGGGCGCUAGUGGGUGACAUGAAUGACGGGGCUCGAGGUCACAUCAUAGCCCAGUGCACUCGCGACGUCUUCCUAGCGAUCAUGCCUAUUCUGGCGCGCUGCAUCGAUGAACGAGGCGGCCCUCCCGCGUACACCCCUGUCGACUUCUCUCAGAUGACAGGAGGCAUGCUGGAUGAUGAGGGGGAGGAGGAGGAGGAGGAGGAAGAUGAUGAGGAUUCGAAUGAGGAAGUUUUUGCUUCUGGAAUGGGGAGUAACAGCAGUGGCACAGGGCGUGGGGCAGCUGAAUCUUCUGGGCUCUCUGAGGCAGGGUCGCAGGGUGCGGCAGGAGAGGGGGAGCAGCAGAAGCAUCCUCUUUACGAAGUGAUCCAUGCCGACAGAGUGCGCAGCGCAGCGCGCACUGAGUGCGACCACGUCAUGUUCAUCGUGACCUCUCUCAACGACAGCCUGGUGGACAUCCAGCCAGACAUAGAAGCAUGGGAGGAGGCCCAGAAGGAGCGGCGGCAGGAGGUGGAGCAGCAGCGGCGGAGCGCGCUCGGCGGGAUGAUGGAGCAGGAAGCGAAGCGACGAGCGGUUGCGACCCUUGCGUAUGCUGAGCAGCUGCAGAACGCCAAGGCAGUGUGGAACACCCUGUACCGGCAGAUGACCAGCGAAAGGGGCCCUUGGUACUCUGGCCCAUCGCCUGACGACCCUCCACCCCGCUGGAAGCUGGAUAAGGCAGAGGACCCUCGGAGGCGUCGAUUCCGCAUGCGUCCAAACUACCGGUUUGAUGAAAACUUUUGCAUUGGUAAAGGCGAGGAGCGGAACUUGGGUGGGGGAGGGAAAGAGAAGGGUGGUGGGGGUGAGGAAGGUAAGGGGGCAGACGGGACGUCAGAGGGCAGCUGGUUGGAUAAGUCUAGUGCGUCGGGACCGGAUGCCAGGAGCUUCCGCAGGUACACGAGUGACGCUGGUAGUUCAGUGGCGGGAGAUGCUUCGGCAUCUAUUGGCGGGAGCAGCUUUGGCAUGGGGGAUGGAAUGAUGCGAGCAGGAUCAGUGGGAGGGGAUCUGCAGCAGCACGGAAGGGUAGUGUCGGAUGUGAACGUGGACCGCGACUUGAUGGAGGAGAUGGCGCUGCUGCAGCAGAGCAACGAGCAGAGCCAGUCAGGGCAAGGAGGGAAGAAGGGCAUGCAGGAAGGGGAAGUGGAGGGGACAGGUGUGGCAAGUGCGCAUGGUUUUCCGGCAGAAGGCAUGGCAGGGGUUUUGGAAGAGAUCCCCUGCAUCCUCCUGACCACCAAGCGCAAGCUGGCGGGCCGUCUGCACAUCUCCCACACAGAGCUGCACUUCUACGUGGACUUUGCCAUGGACAGCACUGAAGAUUUCCUUCGCUUCCACCCCGACGGCUCUCUCCACAACCCCCACUCCGUCUCCUCUGGCUCCGUUUCUGGCGGAGAAAAAAUCCCCCCAAAGGAGCGAUGGAAGCGUGUGAUACAGAAACUGCUGUUCGUAGCUAGGUUCCAGCCAAACGAGAAGACUCUGGAGAAAGUGACAGUGAGGAUGCGCAAGCUCACGGAUAUUCUGGACGAUGUGAAGAUGCAUCGAAUGUGGUCGCUCUCUGAGCUCGCUCGCAUCCGCAUGACACGCUACCUCCUCCGCCCAUCCGCCUUCGAGCUCGAGUUCUCCUCGUCGCUGGCCCCUGCCUUCUUCUCCUUCUCCUCGCCUCAGCUAGCUGACAAAGUCGCCCACCGUAUUCUGGCUAUCGCCAACCGCGGGACCACGGCUCGCAGCAGCAAGCUGGUUGACUUUGUGGACAGGAAGAGAGGGCAGGAACUGGCAGAGAAGGCGAGGUCCCAGUGGAGCAAGCGGAAAAUCUCCACCUUUGAUUACCUCAUGAUCCUUAACACCCUGGCCGGGCGCACGUACAACGAUCUGAUGCAGUACCCUGUUUUCCCGUGGGUUAUUGCGGAUCAUACCUCGGCCAAGCUGGACUUGUCAAAUGGAGAGACGUUCCGAGAUUUGAGCAAGCCGGUUGGGGCACUGAACCCCAAGAGACUAGAGCUGUUCAAGGAGCGAUAUGACAGCAUGGAUACAGACAUUCCAGGCUUCCUGUACGGAUCGCAUUACUCCUCUGCUGGCGUUGUUCUCUACUUCCUCAUACGCAUGGAGCCCUUCGCCACGCUCCACCGGCUGCUACAGGGGGGGCGCUUUGACCAGGCGGAUCGUCUGUUUGACAGUGUGGCGUCGGCGUGGGACAACUGCCAGAGCAACACGAGCGACGUGAAGGAGCUGCUGCCGGAGUUCUUUUACCAGCCGGAGUUUCUGCGCAACAACUGCUGCUUCGACCUGGGCCUCAGGCAGGACGGGCAGGCGCUUGACGGCGUCAUCCUGCCUCCCUGGGCCAAGGGCUCCCCGGAGGAGUUUGUGCGACUGCAGCGAGAGGCCCUGGAGAGUGAGCACGUGAGCGAGAGGCUGCACCACUGGAUCGACCUGGUGUUUGGCUACAAGCAACGUGGGGAGGCGGCUGUUCAGGCGGACAACGUGUUCUACUACCUCACCUACGAGGGCGCUGUGGACAUUGAUGCAAUCACCGACCCGACCAGGCGCACAGCCAUCGAACAGCAGAUCGCCGCUUUCGGCCAGACUCCCAUCCAGCUCUUCACACGCCCCCACCCGGAACGCGGCCCCCACGUCCAAAUCACCCGCCCGCUCCGCUUCUUCCCGUCGUCAAUCUCCCUCUCCGCCAUCAUCCCAGCUCCCCCCACCCCGGCUGUUUCCUCCACUGUGGUUCCCGCUUAUGCUGCGGGCGUGGGGAGUCCUGGGGGGAGGACGAGGGGGGGGAAGGGGAGGUCGGAGGAUGAUAUGGCUGUGGUGUUCAUGGGGGUGGUGGGUCGCACUGUAGUGAGUGUGACGAGGGGGCAGGUGCUGACAGUGCGCUCGUGGAAUGCUCCAAAGAAGGGCGUGAAAGUGGGCACGGACUAUAGUAUCAGCAUGGGCGAACCAAGCCGAGUGUGCAGGAUUGGAGCGCCUCUCUCUGCUCCCGGAGCUAGCAGCUACGGCGACUGCUUCGGGAUCGUACCAGGAGCCACCUCAGCAUUCCUCUUCUCCGGGGGGCACUGGGACAAUGCCAUUCGCAGCACGUCUGUGGAUGAUGCUGCCACUGUUCAGGCGCUGCAGCAGCACAGCGACCUUGUCACUUGCCUUUCAGUGUCCAACGACGGUAACUGGCUGGCCACAGGCAGCCGAGACACAACAGUCAUGAUCUGGCGCAUCGACCACCUGGGUGCGCACACACACGAGCAAGGCGACCCCUUCAUUUCCUCCAAGCCCCGCGCAGUGCUCUGCUCCCACGACGACGCUGUGACAGCCGUCAUCGCCUCUUCCGAGCUAGAUUUGGUUCUCUCAGCCUCUCUGGACGGCUCCCUCGUCUUUUCCACUCUCCGUGCCGCCCGGUUCCUGCGGUCGCUGCAGCACCCCAACGACUGCGCAAAUGAGGCGCUGCGCAUUGCCCUCUCCGCGCCCCUCGCUCGUGUCGCAGUCUACUCCGACGCCGCCCGCAUGCUUCAUGUGUGCUCCAUCAACGGGGGAUGGCUGGAACAUGCACUAGUGGACGAACCGAUCACGCAUCUUACCUUGUCUCGUUGUGGAGAGUUCCUUGUCACGGCAUGCAGCGCAGGGUGGGACAUUGGAGGAACGGGUGGCGGAAGGGGGGGGAGUAGCAGUGGUCGUGGAGGGGGAGGGUCAGAAGCUGGAAUGGUAGUGGUGAGGUCCAUGCAUACGCUCGAGCCACUGCUGCUGUUCGAUGGGGUGGGGUCGCCUGCAGCAUCGAUCACAACGACUGAGGAGGAUGCCAUCCUUGUGGGCCUGGAGGAUGGCAGGAUGCUGCUGUAUGCUCUCAAGCUCUCCUCACAUUAG